AUGGAACCAUCGACUUCGGAGUUUGCUAUUGAUUUUAUUGGAAUAAUCUCCAACGAAAACUACUCGGGACUUGAUGACUUUGGACGCACCGACUUUUUGAGGAUCUAUGACAAGGCGAAGAAAAAAUGUCCAUUCGAGGUGUCGAUCCCACUAAUAUUCUCGUGCGGAUCGUUGUCGGAGGACGGUUUGGUGUUGUUCACGUUCAACAUUGCUCCGUAUCAGGGGAAUCUGAAUUACCGGGAUCUGUUAGUUUUGGCACUUCCGGAUGAGAAAACAGCGGAGAAGCUAUCAGAAGAAUUGAAUUCGAAAUUUGCUCGCUUCGCCGAACAACAACUUCAGACUGCUUCGCGCCACACAAAAUCGUUGUCUUCAUUGGAAGCAUCCUCUCCACUUCCCAACCUCGACACGCCUCUAACCGAAUCAAGUCAUCAAUCAUCGGUUGUCAACAAAGCGAUCAAUGAGGUGCUCUCAUGUCUCCGUCCCGAAGAGGUUCCCCACUUCCGCGAAAUCAUCAAAAAGUACAAUUCGGGUGAGGCGAAUGUGAAGAUUUUCGCUCAAAAGCUCGUCGAGUUGCUGGGUCCCGGCAGGAAGAAGCGGCUUUCAUACCUGAAACAUGUGUUGAGAGCCGACGACAUUCCUCAAUUCGACUCGGCAAUUCUGUGA